UCACAGGAAUGGAGACUCCAAGUGGAAAUCCGGAAAAGGCUGUUGAAGAGGAAGGCACUGAAAAGAAAGAAGUAGAAAAAAAGAAACGGUCUCGAGUCAGACAGGUGCUUGCAGAUAUUGCUAAGCAAGUGGACUUCUGGUUUGGGGAUGCCAAUCUGCACAAGGACAAGUUCCUUCGAGAGCAGAUAGAGAAAUCUAGAGAUGGCUAUGUGGAUAUAUCACUUCUCGUAUCUUUUAACAAGAUGAAAAAACUGACCACUGAUGGGAAGUUAAUAGCCAGAGCACUGAAAAGCUCAGCUGUUGUAGAGUUGGAUUUAGAAGGGACCAGGAUCAGGAGAAAGCAGCCUCUGGGAGAAAGGCCCAAGGAUGAAGAUGAGCGGACUGUGUACGUGGAAUUACUUCCCAAAAAUGUUAACCACAGCUGGAUCGAAAGAGAAAAAAAAUGUGGCAAUGUUGUUUACAUAAGUAUUCCACAUUACAAGUCCACCGGAGAUCCGAAGGGAUUUGCAUUUGUGGAAUUUGAAACAAAAGAACAAGCAGCAAAAGCUAUAGAGUUUCUCAACAACCCACCAGAAGAAGCACCAAGAAAACCUGGUAUAUUUCCUAAGACAGUGAAAAAUAAGCCUAUCCCAGCCUUAAGAGUAGCUGAGGAGAAGAAGAAGAAGAAAAAGAAGAAAGGCCGCGUGAAGAAGGAAGACAGUGCCCAGGCUAAGGAGCCAAGUGCAGACUCGAGCAGCGCAAGUGCCUGUAAAACCAGGAGACCCAGGACCACAUCUGAGGGCUCGAAAGUGGGAACUGAAAAGCAACCCUCAAAAAAAAAGAAGAAGCGGGAGAGACCUGAAGUUUCCAGCUUACCCGAGGCCAGGGCAGCCAAGAGGAGGAGAAGCAGCUCAACGGACGCAGUGGGCCUGGCUCCCCGGCCAAAAGCGAAGAAAGUGGCUCCGAAGGACACUGCACGAGAAGCUGCAGAGGUGUCCAAGGAAAGCAGAGACGUAGAGGUCUCCACCGAAGAGGAGAAGGAUCCUGGCGACACUAAAGAAGGUUCUCUCUUAAAAACAAAGAGGAAGCACAAGAAGAAGCACAAGGAGAGACACAGGAUGGGCGAGGAGGUCAUUCCAUUACGUGUGCUGUCCAAGUGUGAGUGGAUGGAUCUGAAAAAAGAGUACUUAGCACUGCAAAAAGCCAGCAUGGCUUCUUUAAAAAAAACAAUAGCCCAGAUAAAAUUGGAGUCAGAAAUGGAAACAGACAGUGGAGCACCUAAGGCAUCUGGAGUGAAAAAUGAGAAAACCGGCGCUGGGGAAUGUGGCCCACGGGAGAGAGCCGCUGCGACCGGGCCACAGUUCGUGAGCGGCGUGAUCGUGAAGAUCCUCAGCUCAGAGCCUCUGCCCGGCAGGAAGCAAGUCCGGGAUGCCCUGGCUGCCAUCUCGGAGGUGGUCUACGUCGACCUGCUGGACGGGGACACGGAGUGCCAUGCCAGGUUUAAGACUCCCGAGGACGCACGCUCAGUGGUGGAUGCAUACGCAGACGCGAAAAAGAAACACGGCUGGACACUCGAGAUCCUUUCUGGUGACCACGAACAGAGGUACUGGCAGAAGAUCCUGGUUGAUAGACAGGCCAAGCUGAAUCAGCCUCGGGACAAGAAGAGAGGCACCGAGAAGUUGAUCACCAAAGCUGAGAGGAUCAGACUGGAGAGGGCUCAGGGAGCGAGCCAGCACAUCCGGUUCUCUGCGUGUGACUGAGGGUCGGCACCCACUCGGCGUGGCCCUGUGCUGGCUGUCCUUAGGGGUCCCACUGCUACUCUGGAUAGCAUGCUUUUUCAGAACCCACAUUUAAAUAAAGAAAAUGCCUUUGUUCCUCAACUUGUAAA